CCGUGUAAGGAGCACCAUUUUAGAAGAUAAGGCAUUUUCCUUGGUACUGCCGCACUUUAUUGCACCGUUUGUUUGCUUUUUAUGUUAAGACUUACAUGGCCAGUGGCAUGUAAAUCUCAUAAUUCACUAAUGUGCCAGUCUCACAAAUGGAAAGCGGGCUUCACUUUGGAAACGUGAGCAUUUCCCUGGUGCUCCUGCUGCUGCUCAAAGUGCUGCUCGGACUCGGGACUUCGCACAGUCAAAGCUUCGUUGUCGGGGGGGAGCAGCGGUCCGCCGCUCGGGGUUCGCGGUCGUCCUGGGAGGGCGAUGGAGUGAUGGAGCGCGGUUUGGAGAACGUCGGCGCCCCGGUCAGCGGAGCGGAUGUCACCGUGGAGGACGACGACAACGGGCCGGCGGGGGAGAACGAGGAGCCGGAUGGAGUACACGACGGGAGCGUGCGAACAACACGGUCUCUUGUGAUCAUCAGUACCCUAGAUGGACGGAUUUCUGCUCUGGAUCCUCACAACCAGGGUAGGAAGCAGUGGGACCUUGAUGUUGACUCCGGGUGCCUGUUGUCCUCCAGUCUCAGCAAACCUGAGGUGUUUGGCAAUAAUAUGGUCAUCCCAUCUUUGGAUGGUGCAUUAUUCCAGUGGAACCGGGACAGAGAGACUAUGGAAGCGGUGCCUUUCACUGUUGAGUCCCUGUUGGAGUCAUCCUACCGUAUGGGGGAGGACACUGUCCUGGUUGGUGGCAAAUCUGUGACAACCUAUGGGUUAGGAGCCUUUAGUGGCAAGAUACGUUACGUCUGCUCUACGGUGGGCUGCAGCCGCCUGGGGGAGGAAGAGUUGAACAAAGAAGAUGUGCUCCUGCUGCAUCGGACUCAGAAGACUGUACGAGCCAUCAGGCCACGAUCAGGGCUGGAGAAGUGGAACUUCAGUGUUGGAAAUUUUGAGCUGAAGCUUCUUCCAGACUUUCAGUCUGGCAUGAACUUGCUGGAGGGAGACUUGGUGAAUGGUAACACCUGGAGGGAGAGUCAGCGGGUUAUCACAGAUGAGCCAAAUGAGACAGAGCAAACAGUGAACCAGCAAAGCAAGAAUCCGGACCUCAUUAUCAAGGUGUCUGUUCCUGACUGGAAGGUCAUGGCCUUCAGCGCGGAACCUGAAGGACACCUUGUGUGGGAACAUGAGUUCUGCACGCCCAUUGCCUCAGCCUGGCUGGUGGGUGGAGGUAAAGUCACACCAAUCAGCCUGUUUGAUGACACUACCUACAGCAGCCAGUCAGAAAGUGAUGAGGAGGAUAAAGAUGCCCAGGGCAAGGCCAGAGAAGCCACCCAGUCCAGUGUUUAUCUCGGGAUGUUUCAAGGACAGCUCUACCUGCAGUCGUCGGUACGGAUUGCUGAAAAGUUCCCCUCUAAAGCCAUUGGAUCUGAAAAGGAUAUAAUUUCACUUCCAGUCGUCAAAUGGAGGCCUUUAAUACACUCACCUUCUCGAACUCCUGCAUUGGUCGGCUCUGAUGAAUUAGAUAAAUGUCUAAACAAUGAUAAGUUCUCCCAUGAUGAAUACAGCAAUGGGGCCCUAUCUGUUCUUCAGUAUCCAUAUGACAAUGGCUACUACUUCCCCUACAGCAAGCAUUACAGGGAGAAACGUAAUACCGCCGUUAGCCUAAUAAAGAGAAAUGAUGCUGAACUUCAUACUCCGAGAAGAAAGGACCCUGUGCUGCUGCUACCGUGGUGGAAGGAGAUCCUUGGGACCAUCGUCUUCUGCAUCGCUGCCACCACCUACAUAGUCCGCAAGUUCUUCCACCCUUCUGCACCUGCAGCCUAUGUUCGGCAACGAAAAGAAUCUGAGACACAAUGUCAGACAGACAGCAAGUUUGACCUUGAAGUUGUUGAAUGUAAAGAGCCAGUUGCCAUGGAGACUCGUCCCAGUGAAUAUGUUUCCAGGUAUCUCACCGACUUUGAGCCCGUGCAGUGUCUUGGCCGUGGGGGUUUUGGCGUUGUGUUUGAAGCCCGCAACAAAGUGGAUGACUGCAACUAUGCCAUCAAACGAAUUCGGCUGCCCAACAGGGAGCUUGCCCGUGAGAAGGUGAUGCGAGAGGUCAAAGCGCUGGCCAAACUAGAGCACCCGGGAAUUAUCCGCUACUUCAAUGCCUGGCAGGAGAGUCCACCCAUCGGCUGGCAGGAGGAGAUGGACCAGAGGUGGCUGAAAGACACCAGUACAACCGAUUGGCCAAUGAGCUUCAUCGACAACAUGGAGGCGCUUUCUGUUAAAGUACCAGUGUCCAGCUCAGUCUCACCUGUUCGUGGACCUGAAAGAGAUGGUCUGGAGGUUUUUGGGGGUGAUCAAGCACUGCUGUCCAGCAGCACCAGUGGGGCUGGAGGUUUUGGUGUUGACAUCAGAAAUCUGUCCUUCCACCCUCUGCUGGGCCAUGACAGCUUAAUGUCGGAGAGAGACAGCCAGGCUGACCCCGAGGCCUCGGACACCCCGCACUCCUUUGAACUGUGCUCCCCUCGUGGCCCCAAUGACUGUACUUCUUCCUCGUUUGACAUUGUGUUUGAAGACUCUGGCUGUGACCGUGAUGCAGAGGCUGACACAGACUCUAGUGCAGCCAGUCCAGGCACACUGACACACAGGAACAGCUCAUCUUCAUCACACACCAAACAGCAGGAAAUGGUGCCACCCAAUUCCUCCUCUACUCCAAGACCAACAUCACUUACACUGGCUAUCCCUAAAACUCCAGCCCUGCGAGCCCAGCCCUCUCCCAAGGUGUACUUGUACAUCCAAAUGCAGCUUUGUCGGAAGGAGAACCUGAAGGACUGGAUGGCUCAGCGCUGCCUCCCAGAGGAGAGGGAACACAACCAGUGUCUGGACAUCUUUCUCCAAAUUGCAGAAGCAGUCGACUUCCUGCACAGCAAGGGUCUCAUGCACAGGGACCUCAAGCCAUCGAACAUCUUUUUCACCUUGGAUGAUGUGGUGAAGGUGGGAGACUUUGGCCUGGUGACGGCCAUGGACCAGGAGGAGGAUGAAGAUGAGCCAAGUGCUCUGACACCAGCACCACUCCUUACCCGGCACACGGGUCAAGUCGGCACAAAACUGUACAUGAGCCCAGAACAGCUCUCUGGAAACUCAUAUUCUCACAAAGUGGAUAUUUACUCUCUGGGUCUGAUCCUGUUUGAGUUGCUCUAUCCCUUCAGGACUCAGAUGGAGAGAGUGAGGACGCUCACAGAGGUGAGAGAUCUCAGCUUCCCAGAGGUUUUCGCCAAAAACAAUGUGCAAAUGCUCAGUAUGGUUCGUAGCAUGCUGUCAUGGAGCCCCACUGAACGACCAGAGGCGGCAGAGAUCACAGGGACACCCCUAUUCCAGGAACUGGAGCUGCCUUGCCGAUUGGCUGUAAGGCAGCGUUCCCGGACCUAUAGCUCUUCUUCUAUGGGCCGACCCUCACGCCAAACAUCUGCAACUUGAAAUCCCGUGACUCAAUGUGUCACACCCCAACCCAACCCCUCGGCCCCACCCUACCUUGAACCUGUUACCCUAUCAUUCCCUGCUUCUCCAUGCAUUCACACAUGGCCUCAGUCAGACUCACUUUAACGUCCCAAGAUCUUCAGUGUCGUGUACCACAAAUGUACUGGGACUUGUGCUGGUGGCAUUAGAACAGCGACUUGAAGUCUUGCACACUUACUUGUCAAGUUCACGUUGUUUCAUCUUCGUGCAUCAUUGUGCUCUCCGAAUCCUCCAUUUUAAUCGCACAAGUGACAAUGUUUUAAAAGCAACAGUCAAUCUAUAAUGUUCUGGGCCAGACUUGAAUCUAUAGUUGUAUAAUAAUUCAAAUAAUUGUUGGCUGGCAGAAUUUACUGCAACAAGUGAGCUCCCUGUACAGUAAGGUUGUAGCUAGAUACCAUUACUCAUAAUUGACUUUGAAUUGUCUGCCUGUGCGUGUAGAAAAUCUUUGGUGCCCUCUUCAGUCUGACGCAGCAGCUGGUACUCAAAGAUGAUUAGUAACUGACUGAAGGGCAAAGAAGUAUUUCAAAAGAUUUUAAUCGUGAUCUGCUCACGGCACAGACCAUUUACGCCCAUCAUUCAGCCAGUGUUCACUCACUCUACACCUCGGGUAUCAGAACCACAGGGACGACCCAAAAGGGCCUUUGGUACUUGAUCAAAAACGGGUGUUUUAGCACUCACUUUUGCUGAUUUUGGGAGACCAAAAAGACCAUCUUUUUCCCACUGAUGUGUUUUGUAAUUGAGAGGUUAUGUACUGCAGAGAGAAGAGUUGGUGACUCCAGGUCAUAAGACAUGGUUUGCCUUUAGAAGGGGGCUGCAGUCCUCUCUGAAUGAAUGCUGAACCUCCGGCUCUUAUCCUCUUUGCAUGUCUUAGAUUUGUCUAAAAUCCAGUUUUCCAAUGUGUACAUUUACACAGCGACUCUGAAGUGCUCAGUAACUUUCACCACCUCUUUUUUUAUUUUUUCUUUAUGUAAAUAACUGAAGUGGAAACCUCUGUUUAUAUCUGUUCUUUGGAAAUGUGGCAAAUGGAUUCCGAUAAAUAGUGUACAUAUUGUAACGCGCCUUUGCUUUGUAAAUGGCUUCUUCACGAGGACUGAAUGGUAGUAUGAUUAAUAUUAUGGGAGGAGGAACAAAGAGACCGUUGCCGCCAUUAACGGACAGCUGAAUGUUGCAGUGUGGCCGCCAGUGAUGGCGGUCACCUCUUAACACUACAGACUUUAUAUGUUGGAAAUUCUUCUCAGUGUUUGCUUUCAUAUGUUAGUUGUGCCGCGUGGGAGAGCGUUUGUCAUGCUUUAAGCACCAGAUGAGAGCAUCUUUUGACAGUUAAAUUUCUGUAACUACAAUGUUGCCUCAAAGCAAGAAGGUCCCGGUGUCACUUCCCGCCUGUUCCUUCUGUGUAGAAUUUGCAUGUUCUCCCCGUGUCUGUGUGGGUUUCCUCGGGGCAUUUUGGUUUCCUCCUGCAAUCCAAAAAUGUGGUCUUACCAAAAGAAAAAAAAAAGCUUUCUGUAACUGACUUUCCUCUGAUAUUUUCUAAGCCCCCCAGCUGGUGUUCUCAAUGAUGCACAACAACAUAAAGGAUUAUUUUUCAGAUGAAGUGUUCCCGCAUUGCAGGAAAUAAAGCAUUUAGUUAAGAGGGCGGUAUUGUUUUGACCCCUCUACAUUUUGUGGAUGGACGGGGACCUGAUGUUGGUCAUGUGAUAAGCACCAUGUGGUUCUCGGGCUUUACACAUCUUGGGAGAAUCACAUGACCUGUUUCUAACGACACACAAACUGCUAAUUGUAAUGUGUUUUCAAUGAUUGUACUUUUCUAUUAUUUUUUUAAUGAAAGCAUUUUUGGAUUAUUCUCCAGGGGUAUUUUUUGUUAUUAUGACUGUGAAGUCUUAGCUGUUUCAUUGAGAAUGUCAACCUGAUGUUUGUUAAUCCAUCUGCUCAGCCAACUGAGGAUGAAUCAGUGAAAAAUAAGCAGUUUUCUCUUCAGUUAAUUAAAUGACAGCACCCACAGCAGGAUAAAGAUAGAAACUGAAUUUUUUGUUUCUCAAUGAAAUAUUAAUUUAACAGGUGAAUGUGGCAACUCGUGCAACAAAAUUAGACUGACUAUGCUUUGUGAAGGAUAUUAUGUACUGUACCUCAAAUCUUUUAUAAAGAGUACUUUUUUUAAGUCACGAGCUUUCAUAUUUUUGUAGGGAUUUCAACUUUUUAGGUGCAAAUCUUAACCAUUAAACUGACGGGAGUUGUAAUUAUUUUUUCCGCUUUUGUAGAUAGAAUUCCACAGUGAAGUGUAACCUACACAGCGUGUAGAUGAUUUUCAGCAAGAAAGAAGGAACUUGUCAAACACCUCAGAGCAGAUGGUAAAUAGCUUGACAUUUUUGUAAGCAUUAAGACAUAAAAUAGCAUUAUGUAAAAUAGGCCAUGCUUUGAUGCAGCUGUAGAGAUUUUCUGCUUUUACACUUAAGAAAUUGUAAUUAAGUUGUGCUAAUCUUCCUUCUGACCUCACUGCCAAACAAAUUUCCUGAAAAUGGUUUGAUUGAAAAUUCAGACUCCUGUCCAGUGUCUGAAGCCUCUUCCUGUACUUGUGUGUCCUCAUGCACAAAUUCUGUCCAAGUUGAAUUGUAAAUAUGUGUAUUUGCUUUAUUUAUGGUUGAUGCCGUGAUCAAUCCAUUUUGGGUUGGUGUUAUUAUGAAUGCGCUUCAUAUGAUGGAGAGCAUUGGAAUAUCAUGACUUCUUACAAGUCUAAAUUUAAUAAACUGUUCUAUAGCCUUU